AACCAUGAAAAAAUCGUGUUCAAAUACAUUUUUAUACCUGUCCAAAUUAUUAGAUCAUCUAUUUUUAAUGCACUGCAAAAAUGAGCCUCUCCCCACUAUUUAUUGUUUCUGCAGUGAAGAUUCACCCUCUUUAGAUAAUUAUUUAGUAAUUGAUCUGCAUAUAAUCGUUGUUUUGAGCUCAAAGAUGUAGGCAAGUAUGAAAAUCAGGGAGCUCUUUCACCGAUGUGAUUCGCUUCCCGACGUUCAUCAAGAAGCUCCGUUCAAAAAGAGCCCUUCGUUCACGAACGACCCAUCACUAAUCUGUAGCAAACAUAUUGUGCUUUAAAGACAACUGGGAACUCGGGGGGGGGGAAACGAGGUCAAAGCAUGAGGUCAGUGAUCGAUCAGGUCGGAAAGAGCUCUAGAAAGAGACCCGAGUUCUCGACUUGGAAUUCUGAGUUGGAUGACCUGUUCUAUACGAUUUUCCCCAAUCGGAGCUCGUUUUUUUCCCGAGUUCCCAUUUGUCUUGAAAUAACUGAAGUCGGAGAAUUACAAGUUCCCAGUUGUUUUUGAUGACGGCUACAGAGCAGCGGAAGAUUUCAGUUUGAGUCGUCAGGCAAUAUUAUUGCACCCCAGCCAUCGGGGUUAGGAAAGCGGCAGCUCUGUCUGUCUGCCGCUUCCUGGUUCUGCUGGCGACAUUGCGACGGUCAGUGAUUGAGUCAGAAGAACAGCAGCUCGUACGUUCACUCUCGGAAGACAAGCCUUUGGUGGGUCCAGUCAGUAUUCGAUGGCAGAGUGGAGGGAGUGGGCAGGUCCAAGAUGAGUGCUGACACGCUAUUGAAGGAGACCCUGAUCAAGCGGUCUCAACAGAAGAGGUUAACAUCGCCGCUGAACUACAAGGAGAGGGUGUUUGUCCUCACCAAGACCAAGCUCACUUACUAUGAGUUCAGAGCAGAGAGAAAGUUCCAGAAGGGGUCCAUCGACCUGCAGAGAGUCCGGUGUGUGGAGAUUGUGAAGACUGAAGGAGGAGUCAUACCGUGUCAGAACAAAUACCCUUUCCAGGUGGUGUAUGACUCCAGUACUCUCUAUGUAUUUGCUCCCAGUUAUGAGAGUAGGAGUGUCUGGGUCCAAAACAUUAAGGAAGAGAUCAAGGAGAACUCUGUGAUCGUUACUAAGUUCCACCCUCAGUUCUGGAUGGAGGGGGUGUGGCUGUGCUGUCGUCAGGCAGAGAAACUGGCCCCGGGCUGUGAGGAGUACAACCUGUUUGGAGACCUUUCGAGGAAACUUCUUCCCCCCAUACCUGGAGAGGAGGGCACAGGAAGUUCUCGUCGGCCUCCCCCUCCCCCCCCUCCCGUACACGGCCCUGAUGAUGAUGAUGAUGGUAGUGUUGUUGAGGAGGUUGUGAUAGCCCUGUAUGACUUCAAUGGUCCUGAACCACAUGACCUCACUAUGACCAAGGGAGGAGAAUACGUCAUACUGGAGAAAUGUGACAUCAACUGGUACAAGGCCCGCAACACAUACGGGGAGGAGGGGUACAUCCCCAGCAACUACGUGACAGAGAAGAAGUUGGGGAACCUGGAACAGUAUGCCUGGUACAGUAAACACGUCAACCGGAACAAAGCAGAGGAACUACUGCGGAGAGAGGAUAAAGAGGGAGGGUUCAUGGUAAGAGACUCCAGUAAACCAGGAACGUUUACCGUCUCCCUGUACACCAAGUCAGCAGGGGAGGGGGGUGUGGCUAUCAGGCAUUACCACAUCAAGGAGACCCCAGGCAGCCCCAGACAGUUCUACCUGGCUGAGAAACACCUGUUCACCUCCAUACCUGACCUCAUAGAGUACCACAACUACAACGCUGCAGGUCUGGUAGCCAGGUUGAGGUAUCCAGUAGGAAAGAAAGAGAGAUCAGCUCCAUCCACAGCAGGCUUCAGCUACGAGAAGUGGGAGAUCAACCGUAGUGAGCUGACCUUCAUGAAGGAGCUGGGUAGUGGUCAGUUUGGGGUGGUGCGUCUGGGGAAAUGGAGAGCUCAACAUAAAGUGGCCAUCAAGGCUAUCAGAGAGGGAGCCAUGUACGAAGAGGACUUCAUAGAGGAAGCCAAGGUUAUGAUGCGUCUCUCCCACCCUAAGCUGGUGCAGCUGUAUGGAGUGUGCACCCACCAGAAGCCCAUCUACAUUGUGACUGAGUUCAUGGAACUGGGAUGUCUGCUCAAUUACAUCCGGCAGCGUCGGGACAACUUCAGCCCGGGUGCCUUACUGAGUAUCUGUCAGGACGUCUCCGAGGGGAUGGAACACCUGGAAGCACACCACUUCAUACACAGAGACCUGGCAGCGAGGAACUGUCUGGUGAACGAUGCUCUGGUGGUGAAGGUAUCAGACUUUGGAAUGGCCAGGUACGUGCUAGAUGACCAGUACACUAGUUCAUCGGGAGCUAAGUUCCCAGUCAAAUGGUCUCCUCCUGAAGUGUUCAACUUCUGCAAGUACAGCAGCAAGUCUGACGUGUGGUCCUUCGGUGUGUUGAUGUGGGAGGUGUUUACAGAAGGGAAGAUGCCGUUUGAUCACAACCCUAACCAUGAGGUAGUGAGGAUGGUGUCACAGGGACAUCGCCUCUACAGACCCAAGAAGGCCACGCCCAACAUCUAUGACAUCAUGCAGCGCUGCUGGCACGAGAGAGCGGAGGAGAGACCAUCGUUUUCUCAGAUCUCCAUCUUGAUCUCCGAUGCUCUGGAAGUGGACGGCUCCUCCUCCGCCUGAACCCACCAAUCAGAUCCUCUCCUCAGCCUGAACCCACCAAUCAGAAUGCAACCACCAAUCGGAUGUACUCAGAUCUCCUCAGAUCCACUGUUGAUGGAGGACUGCUUGGAUAAGGUUCCAAACAUUCCACACCACGGAUAGAUCUCUCAAGAUGGACGCUCACGUCCAAAUACAAUAUACUGUUUCACCACAUCUAUCCUGUCUGACAGGAAACUGGACUGUCUGUCUUCUCAAAACGGUAUAUGAUUUAUCCCUCUUCAUUCUCCAGUUGUUUGUAUUUGAACUGAACUAAUUAAAUCCCAUUGCUAGUCAUGUUAGUGUACACUGAUUGGAUAAAACAUUAGGAACACCUUCCUAAU